AUGGGCCGCAGCCGCUCCCGGUCGCCGCCGCGGCGCGAGCGCAGGCGUUCGCGGUCCACCUCACGGGAGAGGGAGAGGAGGCGAAGAGAGCGAUCCCGGUCCCGGGACAGGGACAGGAGGAGGAGCCGUUCUCGCUCCCCGCACAGGAGACGGUCCAGGUCGCCGAGACGGCACCGAUCCAGCUCCUCCUCCCCGCCGCGGCUGAAGGAAAGGCGGGAUGACGAGAAGAAGGAGAUAAAGGACUCCAAAGGCAAAGAGCGUCAGAUCACGGAGGAAGAUUUGCAGGGCAAGACGGAAGAGGAAAUUGAGAUGAUGAAAAUGAUGGGCUUCGCCUCUUUCGACACGACGAAAGGGAAGAAGGUGGAUGGCGCCGCAAACGCGUACGCCAUCAACGUGUCCCAGAAGAGGAAGUACAGGCAGUACAUGAACAGAAAAGGAGGGUUCAACAGGCCCCUGGAUUUCAUCGCCUGACGCCGGGCUCGCUCGGGGGAGAACCGCCCGCCGAGGAGGACUUCGCUUCCCGGCGCACGGUGGGCAGCUCGGAGACCGGAUCUCGGAGGAAUUUGGGUUAUUCCCAACGGAUCCCGCUGCGCUCGUCCUGCCCCGCAGCCAGAGCGGGUACGAGUCACCAUUUCCCAGAGUCUUUAUUUUAUUUUUUUUUUACAGUAUCCCUCGUGGUUCGUUCCUCGCUGGGAUUUCAUCGUGUUUUUCCUGUUGUUUUUUGACGUUCCCUGUGACAAUAAACCCCCCCCAUAUAUUUUCCCCUGGAUUUUUAUAAUUCAGGAAUAAAGCGCGGACAAGGAGGCUGCCGGAAACCUCCGGCCGGUUGUUUGCCCGAGCCGCUGCGGUUGUGCGGGGACUUUACACCCCAAAACGCCUCAAUUCCCGUGUCGCACACAUACGUAUAGAUCUAUACGAAUAAAUUAAACGGCGCACGGCCGCGGCAGCGCCUGUUUGGGGCUUUUUAUUGUGGAAAAACCCUUUUUUUGCUUAUUUUUUGACGGCGGGCUGGGUGGUUUCCGACAGCAGGGCCUUCCGCUCGCUUCCCGG